AUGUUGAUUUUAUUAGCAUUUGCUCUCGGUGUCUUUGAUAUUUCAGAAUCCACCACAGUUGAAUUCUUGACCUAUCCUUCUUGUCGUCUUAAUACCAAUUGGUGUUUUGUUUUUUUCUUACUGGAAUAUGACGCAGGGUGAGUGAUGAGUCAAAUAUCAAACAAUAAAAAUAAGAAUUUUCAGAUUGCCCCCUAACUAUGAUAAUGUUUACAUAUCAAAUAGAAUUUGUUCACCGUAUAAAAAAACAAGGAGUCUAAACAAUAAAGUUGAGAUGCCUUCUGAUGGAUUGCCAUUAUCAUUCACGCAUCAUGAAUUAGUUCUAGGUUUUCGACAUAAUUGUACAGAGACUGGAAAAAUUCAUGAUUUUGUUGCCUAUGAGAAAAAUGUGCCAAUUAGCGUAAAAAAGUUCAAUUUUUCAGUUCAUCCAGAUUUUACCGGACAAGGAAUGCAUUAUGAGGAUGAUAAGGAACGAGCUUGGGAAAGAACAGAGUUUCAGAAUAUACAAAUUGAAGAUUUUGAGGGGGGCGUCUUUCAGUAUGAGAAUAUUAAGUUAGAAGCAUGGAAAUAAUUUUCGCGUGAAUUUUAAAAAUACAUUUCAUGACAAGAGAAUAAAAAUGAAAUUGCAAAUUUAUGUGUUUUUACAGUAGUCACAUUGAUUUUGAUGCUGAAUUUUAUGCUCGAAGUGGUCAGAAAUACGUUUGACAAACAAUUUCAUCGUUGGUCCCAACAAAACUGCAUUUUUUUAAAGAAAACCAAAUUUGAGGAAUUUUCUAAAUUUCAGCGAGAAAAUUUCAUAUUAUCUUUCUGAUCUUUCAAAAACGCAUUGUUUAUCCAUAGAAGAACAAUUUUUUGGAAAACAAAUUCGCUUGAAAAUUUUCAUCAAAAAAUCAUUAGGGUCCCCUCUUAUCUCAAAAAUAAAAAUUUUCAAAUUUCUGAAAAAUGAACAUCACCACGUCAUCCGGAACCCUUAAAAACCCUAACACCAACUUUUUAGCAACUAAUAUAACCUAUUUUUGGAAAAAAUUUUUCUUGAAAAUUUUCAUCAAAAAAUCAUAAGGGUCCCUCCUUAUCUCAAAAAUAAAAAUUUUCGAAUUCCCAAAAAAUGAUCAUCACCACGUUGUCCAGGACCCUCGAAAACCUUAAAAACAAAUUUUCAGCAAAAAAUAUGCAGUAGUUUCGAUUUUCCAAAAUUCCACGUGGCAAAAGUACGUGAAAAACACGUUUUCACGUAAAAUGAAUAUGCUCACGUGAUUCGCCAUACCCGAUAACCUAUGAGUCCAUAUCUACUAUAUACUAAUUGGGAAAAUUUUUUUGGCAAGAGUCUGUCCGCGGUCCGUUCUCAAAACUGUGCGCAUAAAAAUUGAUGAUCAAAAAAAGAAAAAGUUUCUAAAUGGUGGCACAAUGAUGCGCAUUUCAAAAAUUCUCCCUCUAAAUGUAUGUGAGUGCGCGGAGAGUGAAAAGUUUGAAAAUCUCAAUGUAUUUUUCGAUUUUAAAAUGUGUCGCUCGACUUUUCUCAAUUUCCAGAAGACCAUUUUUGAUGAGACCUUCACUAUUCUAUCCUAAAUUCUUUCCCAUCGAUGCGCUAAUAUUCAAUUUUUCAAAAAAUGCGCGAGUUUUCACGUGAAAAAUCAAAACUUUUUUCAUGUAAAAAAGAAUGAUCACGUUUUUAUUUGAAAAAAAUAUUAGGACACGUUUCUUAUCUGAUCGUUCUAUUCUCUGAAAAAGUCAACAGUUUUUGGGCAUUUCUCAAUGUUUCUCUUUCCCUAACCGGAAAAUUAAUCAGAAAAAGUAAGCCAAACUACUGUAGAUGGCGUUAGCCAGCGAAGCCCUUCUAGUAUUUAUUAUAACUCAACUCCACUUUGAAAAAUGUCGAAAAAAAUAUUUUCAAUUUUAAAGGGACAUCGAUUUAUCAAGCAGGUCUCGUUAUGUACAGUAUGAUUCGCAGGCAAUUGUCACGAAAUCAAGGCCUAAAAUAAUUUUUCUCCUAAAUUUUUCAUUUUUCCCUUUUUUUAACCUAUUCUAUUUCAUCUUAAACUCAACCUUUUUUCACUCAAAAAUAUACCAUUUUGUAGCUCUUUUCGAGAUCUUUAAGCUCUUUUUACUCUCAUUUAACCUAUCUCUUUCUGAAAUGCUCAAAAUUGAGCUCAAAGUCAGACGCUUAAAAUUACCUAAUUUUAGCCUAAAAUUAUUUUUUUUCGAUCAAAAAAAUGUCUAGUAAGUUGUGUAUGAGUUUUUCAUAGCUUUUUUUGUUGUUUCUAAUUACUUUCUGACACUUUUUUGUUUGAUUUUCGCCAUUUUUUAUCGUUUUCACUUCAAAAAAUUGUGUUUUUCAGCUUUCUUCCGUCGGAAUGUUUGUGAAAUUGGCGAAGCUGUUUUCUUGUUGUUGCGGAAAGAAGAAAGAAGCACCAACACCUCAAUUGACUGCUCUGAAGCUCAAAAAACAAUCGGUCAAACCAGUCAAACCAUCAAAUGCUAAUGUUUCUUAUACUGGUCAAUCAACCGAAUCAAUUGGGUGUUGGCUUCAUGGAUCUGAUAGGGUGAGUUGAGAAUUUGUCUAGAUUUACUGUAGAUUUUAGCGCUAAAAAUUGCCCAAUUUUGAAAUUAAAAUGCCUAGAAUUACUGUAGAAAGCUAAAAACCAACAAUAUUUUUCCAGGCCGGCUCCCCUCAAGAAGUCACCCCUCUUGCUGUUGUCGCCAUUGAGGAUGCGGAACUUGCAGUCGAGGCAACUCAACGCGACUAG